AAAAAAAUCAAACAUGAAGUUUGCUGUUUUGUUGUUUUUUGUCCUGCUUAUCAUUUUUCAAACUGACUUUGGACAAAAUGAAGAAACCCCUAGGAAGCAAAGAAAGAAAAUGUAUCACAGAAGACUGAGAAAAAGUUCAAGCUCACCCAAGCACAGAUCAAACAGACAGCUUGGAAUACCACAAGCAACAACAGUAGCAAGAUUUCCCAUUGUUAACUCUGAUUAUAGUGUGGAGGAAAAGUUUGAACCCUUUUCAAGUUUUCUUGGAGUAGAAUCAAGCUACAACGUGUUGCCAGGAAAGAAGGGACGUUGCUUGGUCAAGGGCAUGACUAUGUACAACAAAGCUGUAUGGUCUCCUGAGCCCUGCACGACAUGCCUCUGCUCAGAGGGAAGAGUACUCUGUGAUGAAACCAUGUGCCACCCCCAGACAUGUCCCAAAGUUAUUACACCUGAAGGAGAAUGCUGCCCAGUCUGCUCUGAUACUGUCUCCUAUUCUCUACUCAGUGACAUAGCAUUAAGUGAUAGAACUGAAUUUUCUGGUGAUUCUUCAGAACAAAGAGAAACUACCAAUUUGCUUCAUAAGCAACUGCCACCUCCCCAGGUGGAAAUGGACCAGACACUAAGAGAAGAAGCACCUCAAUCUGAGGAGGAUGAAGAAGAAAUUAAAGAAGACAAAAAGCAAAAGAAGGAGCGCCCUCGACCUACAGAUCAGGGGAAGCAUCAUAACAAGGCAGAAAGCAGAGAAGGAGAGAGAAAGCAGAGGCCUGGAGAAGAAGGCAGGCUGGCACAUCAGCAGCAACACCAAGAAAGGAGGGAAGAGGAGGAGGAGGAAGAGGAGGAGGAAGACGGGGAGGAGGAGGAGGAAGAGGACCAUGUAAGAGGAGAUGUGUUCCGAACACCCUCUCGAGUCCCAGUUCCUGCUCAUCCCAGAGGCAGGCCCCACCUGCCAAAUGGAUGCUCUCUGUCCUACAGGACCAUCAGCUGCAUUGACACCAUCCUCACCCAGAUACCACCACUGACCGCGCCAGAGAUAACAAGCCUGGAGCUCAUUGGCAACUCCAUCACCUCCAUCCCGGAUGAAGCAUUUAAUGGAUUACCGAAUUUGGAAAGGCUUGAUCUGAGCAAAAAUAAUAUCACCUCUUCAGGCAUAGGUACAAAAGCAUUAAAGCUUCUGAAGAAGUUAACACGACUGAAUAUGGAUGGAAAUAAUUUGGUACAGAUUCCUUCAGAAUUACCAUCUACAUUAGAAGAACUUAAAAUCAAUGAGAACAACCUUCAGGCAAUUGAUGAAGAAAGUUUAUCAGGCUUAAAUCAACUGGUCACCUUAGAACUAGAAGGAAACAAUCUUAGCGAAGCCAAUGUCAAUCCUUUAGCUUUCAAAGCUUUGAAGAGCCUAUCCUAUUUGCGUCUGGGGAAAAAUAAAUUUAGAAUUAUACCACAGGGUCUUCCUGCUUCUAUUGAGGAAUUAUAUCUAGAAAAUAAUCAAAUUGAAGAAAUAAAUGAAAUUUGUUUCAAUCAUACAAGAAAGAUCAAUGUCAUUGUACUACGCCAUAAUAAAAUUGAAGAAGACAGGAUUGCUCCUCUAGCCUGGAUAAAUCAAGAAAAUCUGGAUGCCAUCGACCUUUCCUACAACAAGUUCUAUCACGUCCCCUCCUAUCUACCCAAGUCCUUGUUGCACCUCGGGCUCAUCGGAAACCAGAUUGAACGGAUACCUGGCUAUGUGUUUGGCCACAUGGAGCCAGGCCUGGAAUACUUGUACCUGUCAUUUAACAAGCUCGCUGAUGAUGGUGUGGACCGUGUCUCAUUCUAUGGGGCAUAUCAUUCUUUGAGAGAAUUAUUUCUGGAUCACAAUGACUUAAAAUCUAUACCACCUGGGAUACAAGAAAUGAAAGCACUACAUUUUCUGAGGUUGAACAACAACAAGAUACGGAAUAUUCUUCCAGAGCAAAUUUGCAAUGCUGAAGAGGAUGAUGACUCAAAUCUGGAACAUCUUCAUCUUGAAAACAAUUAUAUUAAAACCAGAGAAAUACCACCUUACACAUUUUCAUGCAUAAGAUCAUACUCAAGUAUUGUUCUUAAACCACAAAAUAUCAAGUAAUUCCAAGCUUUCCUUUGUCAUUUAUAAAUUUUACUCAUAUAUUUGUAGUAGUUGCAUUUGUCAUUAAUAAGAAAGACAUAAUUCUCAUGUUAUACUCAAUAUCAUUAUCUAGUCGACCUGAUUCACCAAUCCACAGAUGAACA